AUGAAGUUCGCCGCUAUCCUCAUUGCACUCGCUGCCGUCGCCUAUGCUGCGCCUGCCGCUGAGGCCGACUCGGUCGUCCUUGAGGGCCGUGAGGCCGACGCGCAGACCGAUGAACUCAAGCGUGAGGCUGGUGUCUCUCUCAGAGGCGGUUACUGCUACAGGUCUCUUGAGAAGGAUGCCACUGGCCCGCUGAUGAGCUGGGGAGACCGUGUCACCAUCACGUGCCGUGCAACAGGCCCAACUCGUUGGGGCCACAACGACUACUUCUUCACAAACUAUGGUUGCUGGGUUCAUCGCCCGAGCGUUGUCACGUCGAACGCCGUCAUGGACGGUCUCCCGGUAUGCUAA